AUGAGCUCGCCAUCGUCGCUCACGGUGGUAUACCCGCCUGCUUUCGCAAACUCGUUCUGGUCACAUCCCGCCUACCGCCCAGGAGCACAGAGCCUCUACUCCAAGCUGCAAGCGGGUCUCGACGAGAACGAGUCAAUUCUUGCUUUUGUAGCGCAUCGAGCAGAGCUCGAGUACACUCAUGCAGAGGCUCUGGCGACACCGCCCCCUCAAGUAUCCUUUGCAGCGCCUCUCUUCAAGCAAGCAGCCGGCAUCCUUCACGAGGUCCUCCCCAUCGACACCAACCUCGGCGCUUCAUCCGCUCCAACGCGCGGGUUUAGCACCAACACCUCAGCCACCUCGCGCGCUUUUCGCAUGAUCCAGGCCGAGACCAACAGCGCACACGCCAACGCUCACGGCAAAGUAGCUCGUCAUCUCGAAAAGUCCAUUCUCGAGCCCUUUGGCAAGUGGGCAGCUGAUCACCGCCAACGUGUCACCCAGAGCUGGGAGCACGUCGACGCUACGCUCGCUCGCUUCGAACGUCAGAAGAACGAGGUCGACAAGCUUAAGCAUAGCUACGAGAACAAGUGCCGAACCGCUGACGAGGCGGAGGACGAUGCGCGAUUCGCGCCCAUCGAGGACUCGGAUCACGUCUCGUCCCCACCUGCUCGAGCUUCUGAUGCUGGGCUGCGACCACCCGGGCCACCGGGGUCCCUCCUGCAGCGCAGGAGCGUCUCGGGCGAGAGCGCCAAGGCAAUCGACGCAGAGGAAGAGACAGACGCUGAAAAGCUCAAGCGUCGCGAAACAGUCCGAAAGCAGUUUGGCUUCUCGCAGCGAGCUGCAUCGGCCACUCAUGCUCCAUCGGCGGCUGCCAGGGCCGUCGAGUUUGCUGGCGUCAAGCUGCCUCCUCUACCUACUGAGACGGAAGGACAGGCUAUGGAGAGUAGUGUUGACUCAGCCGCGCCUGCUACCAGCCUAAAGCGUACCGGCACCAUCUCAGCUCUGGUCAGCUCGGCGGUUGAGAAGAUGCCCGCUCCCAUCAAGGCAGCCGUCGGUGGCGUAGUGUCCGGAGAACCCCGUCACUUCCGACUUAGGCGUGACGCCGACAACGCAGAAAGGGUCUAUGAGGAAGCUGUCCGCAAUCUGGAUCGCACCCGUUGCCAGGUCGAAGAGGUGCUCUUUGAGCACUACGCUCUUACCCAGCGCUGGGAGGUCGACCGCAUUCGAGCCGUCCAGUCGGUGCUUGCAUCCUACAACCAGGCUGUCUCGGCGCAGCUUCCCAUCCUGCAAGAGUCGUCCGCUCGCUCAGUCCACAUUCAUCAAGGCCUCAACCCGGCAUUGGAGCUGCGUGCCUUGAUACGUCAAGCCAGGACCGGUCCCUUCCAUCCAGCCAUCGAGCGCUUCCAGCCGUACUACCACGACGAGAUUUCGCUUGGUCGCAAAGCGGGCCCUCAGGGUGAGGCACACGCAUGGCUUAUCAAGAAUGGCGGGUUCGGCUUGAACUUGUCCCUUGUCGAACGUCUUGACUACCUCGAGCGACUGGAGCGCCAGCAGUCAGGAGCCGCCGAUUUAGCUACAAGCGCUGGUGCAAGCUCGCAACAGCUGGCCCCGCUUCCACCUGUGCUGACUGCGCUUUUGGCGGCACUGGAGCGUGCAUACUCAGACACCGAAAGGUGGACCGAGAUGGCCAAGGCGCUCACUGCUUCAAAGACAACCGAAGGCGCUGCUGUUGAUGAGCCCGCUGCGCCGGACGCGAAGCUGGUCGACCAGGAGAAGCGCAAGGUCUGGAUUCUCGAGGUGCCGCUGCCCAUCACGCAUCGUCUGCGAGAUGCUCUGAUCGCGCACCUCACCCCUUCGCUUGCUGACCUCAUCUAUGGCGAUGGCAAGGCUGCCGAUGGAAGCUUCAACCCGAUCCCGGACAAACUUCUCGACUCGUACGAUGCACCUGUCCUGGCCGCUUGCGUCAAGCUCUGGCUGCUCGAGCUUGAGCACAGUCUCAUUACCGAAGAUCUCUGGGACCAGAUUGACUCGAUCUACCGCGCUGCUGCAGGCCAGGAGCACGAGGCUCUCGCUGCUGCCACUCCAACCCUGCCCAGCACUGAGGAGAAAGACGAAGACGAGGCGGCGGCCGAAUCGAAUUCGAGCAUCCGACCACCAGCACCGCCGGCUAAGCGCCCGUCGAUCGACGACGCCACCAAGCAGAAGAUCAAAGCUGGUGUGCUGGACGACCUCCGCGUUGUGCUCAACAAGCUGCCCAAGAUCCACCUCGCCUGCCUCGAUUUGCUCUUCUCGCACCUGCACAAGCUGGUCACCACCACCGAGGCGGUUGAGUCGGUUGGCGUCUACACCAACAAGCUUGGCCUCGCGCUCGGCCGGGCGCUGCUGCGACCGGCGCACGAAUCCGCCUACACCGUCACCUCGCAGAUCGGCACGCUGGUCGUCAUCGACCUCGUCCAGCACUACGAGGACAUCUUUCCCGAUCUCGUCGCCAAGAAGCGCGACGAGGCGGCUGCGCAGGUGUCGACCAGUCCGAGCAACGGCUGGGCGCAGGGGCAGCGGCCCACACCCAUCCGCAAGCGCACCAAGCCGGUCGACCAGCGCAUCUCCCGCUCGUCGAUCGGGGCUGAUCUGCAACAGGGCACAAAGAUGCUGGUCGAGCAGAUGGAGAGGGAACGCAGCUCACGGGGUGGAUCCGAGCCUCCUGUGCCUGAAAAGACGCCGCCUACGCCACCGCCCGCCAUUGUCACCGCUACGGAUACGGCGAUGGAAAAGCAGCAGGACAACGCGGCAGCACCCACACCGCUUGCCGACCGCGUGCUCACCUCGUCCGCCGAUAGCGCUGCAGGGCGCGAGGCCGAGACCGUGUCGAUUGCCAGCGAGACCGCAGAGCACGCCGAGCAGCAGGAAGAGGAGAAACCGCUUUCGAACGUCGCAAGGCUGUCGAGGCAGUUUAAUAGUGCGAAUCUGGGUCCUGCAGCCAAGAGGACAGGAGGCGUGGUGAGAGGCCCGAGACCGGCCGGAGCGAGGGCUGCGAGGAUGUCGACCCAGAGCAGCGUCGCUUCGGAGACCGCGUCGACGGGCGAGGAAGCACAAUGA